GAUGUCAUUCACGUGUAACGUAGCCCUCGUGGUCACAGCUUUGAGAUGGCGGAGACAACGAACGGGAUGGAGGUGUGCCAGGGGGACAAUCCUGAAAAACCCUCAGCAGAGGACAUGACAUCAAAGGACUAUUACUUUGACUCCUAUGCCCACUUUGGCAUCCAUGAGGAAAUGUUGAAAGAUGAAGUCCGCACCCUGACCUACCGCAACUCCAUGUUCCACAACAAGCACCUGUUCAAGGACAAAGUGGUGCUUGAUGUGGGCAGUGGCACUGGGAUCCUCUGCAUGUUUGCUGCCAAGGCUGGGGCCAAGAAAGUCAUUGGAAUUGAGUGCAGCAGUAUAUCAGACUAUGCUGUGAAGAUCGUCAAGGCCAACAAGCUGGACCACAUCGUGACCAUAGUUAAGGGGAAGGUAGAGGAGGUGGAAUUGCCGGUUGAAAAGGUGGACAUUAUUAUCUCGGAGUGGAUGGGCUAUUGUCUCUUCUACGAAUCCAUGCUCAACACUGUCAUCUAUGCUCGAGACAAGUGGCUGAAACCAGAUGGAUUGAUAUUCCCAGACAGAGCCACUCUGUAUAUUACAGCUAUUGAAGACAGACAGUACAAGGACUACAAAAUCAACUGGUGGGAGAAUGUGCAUGGGUUUGACAUGUCCUGCAUUAAAGAGGUUGCUAUCAAGGAGCCACUCGUGGAUGUGGUGGACCCCAAGCAGGUGGUCAGCAGUGCCUGCCUUGUGAAGGAGGUGAAUAUCUACACCGUGAAGCUGGAAGACCUGUCCUUUUCUUCCCCCUUUUGUCUCCAGGUGAAGAGGAACGACUACACCCAUGCGCUAGUCACUUACUUUAACAUUGACUUCACCUGCUGCCACAAGAGGACUGGAUUCUCUACCAGCCCAGAGUCCCCCUACACCCACUGGAAGCAGACUGUGUUCUACCUGGAUGAUUACCUUACCGUGAAGACUGGGGAGGAGAUAUUUGGCACAAUCAGCUUGAAGCCUAAUGCCAAAAACAAUCGUGAUCUGGACUUCACAAUUGAUAUUGACUUUAAGGGUCAGCUUUGUGAGGUCACCAACACUUCUGAGUACAGGAUGCGCUAGAGGGGAGGAGGGUCAUGGGGUUAGUUGUGUGUGCCUACAGUGACAUGACUCUUGCACAUACUUUGGAGUACCGUGUGUUCAGUUUUGCUUUUGUGGAAUACUGUUUUUGUUUUUAAAAAGUGCCUACAGUUUCAUGAACAGUAUGCUGACGUGACCAUACAGAUAUUACAGCUAACUGUUGAAAUAUGGAAAUGGAGAACAUCUUAAACUCUUGGCCUUCUUGUGUAUGUUACUGGAAGUUCUUCUAUUCAGUCUUUUGUCAUCAUUGUACAGUAAUGGCAGUCUGGCAAUACCAACUCCAUUUUAUUUUGCACUUCCUCUGAUGGUUUUCCUUAUCUCUGCCAAUUACUGUAUUUGUCUAGUGACGGUAUUGUCUUGGUGUGUUUAUUCCUUUGAGAAUGUACAUGAUUGUUGCAGGACAUCCAGUGAAAGUGUGAAGAGGACCAAUGGCUGUUUUAUUGAAUCUGAAAAACUGUUUGACCCAGUUCACCAUCUCAAAGAAAUGUAAAAAGGCACAGUGUAACAUUGUACGGGCAUGCUGUCUUGCUCUGGAACCGAAUUGUUUCCAUGUGGCUAUACCUGCAGUCCUGAGAUAAUCUGUCCAUAAGGGUGGGACAUCAAUGGACUCUUCAUAAUAGAUGAGUCUGGUGAAAACUGAUAUAUUUGAAUCUUCAGUGUGAUAUGUAAUUGGGAAGGGUGGGGUGGAUC